AUGCCUUCUCAUCUGAGCAAUAACCAACCGAAUAAGCUUGACACGCUCGAAUCGCAAAACCCGCCUCCUGAAAAUGCUGCCCGUUCACACCCUACACUAAAGAAGAGUAAAAAGAAGAACCAAGUCAGCCAAGAAGUCGCCGAGGUUUCUGAGCAAUAUCAUGCUUCCGGACAUCCAUCUGAUAACCAGAAUGGCACUCAGGAUCCCAGAAAUGAAAGUGAAGACCAGCGUCAUGAUGGCAGUUUUACAACGGUACGACAGAGACACAAAACUUCCAACACCCAGAUCUCAGAUCCAAUGACUGCACAGGAUGAUCGUUCAAUCUCUGACGAAAAAGCGUCUGGACAGCCAGAAGAAAGAUUCCUUCUCUCAGAUAUGGUAGAAGACGGCUACAGAAUGACCAAGACCGCUUUGAGACUUCCAAAAGUACUUUAUCCAAUCUGGAAAUGGUUUCUUCUUGGCUAUAUUAUAUGGAUGGCAAUCACAUAUCUCGUGGCUUCUGUAUAUCGCUUCGCGACAACGGCAAUGGCUCCGUUGUGUUCUAUCCCAUUUAUUGCACCUCAGAUACCAUUAUGUACAGUGCUUUCCGAACCAAAGGAUCGAUCUAUCAAUGCCUUGAAGGUUGCCACAUCCCAAGAAGUGCUUACCGUCGUUAUGGAUCAAGUCGGACAGAACUUUGGUCUAGCAAGAGACAUGAUAGGUCAUGAAUUUGCCGUUCGAGAUCUUAGAAUUCGCGUCGCGGCGAGCAGUCUUCCACGUAAACAUGAGUUCACACGGGAGCUGGAGUCACUCAUUGUAUCCACGAAACAAACAGCCAGAGACUUGUCACGCUUCACGGCUAGAUUUGGCAAGUCAAUUGAUACAAUCAAAACCCUGGAUGAUUACGCAGUAAAGGCUCUUGAGGACAUCCCCAAACGGCAGCGAAACCAACCAAACUUAGCAGGCCAAAUUAUAUCAGCGUUCAGUCCAUUCGCGGCGUUUGAACUUGCCAAAAACGCAGGCCAUAAGCAAGAGCAGGUAAAGCAUGUCUUCAUCAACACUGCAGCCCGAAUUAGCGACAAAGUCAAGUUGCUCAUCCACGACUCCUUCAAUCUCGCUCAUGACCUUGACAUCAUUCAAGGUACCCUCGACCGAAUUAAAGAGCUUUCUAUUGACGAGAUUGGCGAUUUACCUAGUAGGGACGUUUUGGGCGCGCUGUGGACUCGUCUUGCACGCGCUAAUGACUACGACCGAUAUAAAUCACACACCUCAUUGUUGACGGAGUUGACUGGAUUUUACGAGAGCUCUUCAAAUGCGGUGAAGGUGACCAUGGCAGCGCUCUAUCGUGUUGAAGCGGAGUUAGGGGAAUUUCGCGAUGAUUUUGCUAUUCCUGGGUUAAUUCUAAAGGAGUUUCCCUUUGAAGUUACCAUCGCGCUAUUGAGGAACUCUGGUAAGCGAUUGGAAGCAGGGAAGAGGAAACUCGAGCAUAUUGAGAAGGGAGGACGGCCGCAGGGAAAUGAUUUCCUUAAGGCGAGUACGACGACAGUGUCUGCGACUUAA